UGGGUUUCUUUGUUGGAGGAUAAAACAUGGGAGCGCAACUGUCUAAAGCGCCUGGAAACGCUGAAACUGUGGCUGAAAAGGCCGGGGAGGCUGCUGCUUCACCCAACAAGACCAACGGACAGGAAAACGGGCACGUGAAAGCAAACGGAGAUGCCUCUCCCGCUGCGGCUGAGAACGGCAAGGAGGAGGUACAGGUGAACGGCAGCGCGGCGGCCGAGGAGAGCCCCAAAGAGGACGGGGAGAAGGCCGAGGCCGCCCCGGCCGAGAAGGACGCCGGAGGCGAGGAGAAAGUAGAAGCAGCGUCUCCGGCGCCCGCCGACGAAGAAGCCGCAGCUAAGCCGGAGGAUGGAGCGACACCUUCCACCAGCAACGAGACCCCCAAGAAGAAGAAGAAGAAGUUCUCCUUCAAGAAGUCUUUUAAACUCAGCGGCUUUUCCUUCAAGAAGACCAAAAAGGAGACCGGCGACGGGGCUGAGACCCAGGAGGCAGCAGCCGAGUCGGCAGCACCUGCCAAGGAGGCCGGGCCUGAGGGCAAGGAGGAGACGGCGGCCGCCCCCGAGGAAGCCAAGCCCGUGGAGGGAGAGGCGACCCCAGCUGAAGAGCAGGUCAAGGAGGACGUAGAGAAGAAGCCCGAGGAGGAGGCGACGGCGGCGGCGGCGACAGAACCGGAGAAACCCACCGAGGAGGCUGCAGCCCCGGAGGAGCCCAAGGCAGAGGAGAAAGCGGCCGAGGCCCCUGCAGCGGCAGAGGAGGAGGCCACACAGGAGGCGGCGUCAGCAGAGACCCCGGCCGCUGCCCCCGAGGCUUCAGAGUAACGACAGAAGAAAAUCCCAAACCAAGAUAAUCAAAGAACAUUCCCUGUCCGAGCGACGCCACCUGCUGGCUGUGGAGAACUGCAACCAGGGAGAUUUUAAAGCUUUCUUAAGAUUUCAUUUUUGGUUCCCACUAUCCCCCCCCCCCCAUACAAAACCCA